CCACAACAAAGUCCAAACGAAAACAACCCAAAGAAGAAAUUCUCAAAAUUUAAGGACUCAAUAUGGGUCACUUCCGUAGUAAGCGGCUAUGAUAUCUGAGACUUAGAUGUGCCAAACUGCCAUUCCUUUACACCGAAGUGACGAAGCCACUAUCUGGACAAGCGUAAUCUCAACGGUUUUCAAACACUUUCCAGUUGUUUGUCUCUCUUUAUCAUCAAAGAUUUUUACUCUUUUUCCAUCCUUACAAGUAUGGAAAUUGGAACCUAGUAACAAUUCUGUUCUCUGUCACCUUCUGUUUCUUCCCUUCUUUUUACCUUAAUUGUGGAUAACUUUGUCUUUUAAGACUAAGAUACUAAAUCAAUUAUAAACUCGGUUGGUGACACUGUUCCAAUUCUACCUAAAUCGGGUUGGUUGAAUCUCAUCUUUACCUUUGAUUUGAUUUCAAUAGAACAAAGACUAAAUAGUAUAGAACUUAGCUUAGCUUUAGCCGUUUUCCCAAUCCGGGUACUCCAAAAUUUUACUUCUUCGAAGGCUAAUAUUUAUUGGAACUCUAAAGCUGAUUUGCAGCUCCACGUUUUUUCUAGCUCCACAUAAGAUCUUCAUCUCCUUACUUCAGGAAGUUGGGUUUUUUAGCCGAAUCUUGUUACAAAUAAAUACAUUUUGGCGGAUUCGUUCUUUUUUUUAAAAAAUCUGAGUAUAUUGGAUAUCCUUGUUGGGUGUGCUGUUUUGUCUCAGAAGUUGCUUACUUCAAAGAACAUCUUUUGAGAGAGAAACAGAAAGAAAGACAUGGCUUUGGCUCGAUUUGUUCGCCAAACUAAGCGCCCACAUGGGGUUUGUGUGAAGAUGACAGCAGUGGCAAUAUUGGGUCUUUGUUUUAUUUCUGUUUGGUCCAUGUUCUCUUCUCCUUCUACUUCUGUUACUGUGCAAAGGGAGAGCUUUGAUGACAUCGCUGAACCUGUAGCUUCAGGCACAAGGGUAAGCAAAUCUAAGGGGGAUGAAUUAGAAAAUCAUAGUUCAAGUGGUCAAAGGAAGAAGGUUGAAUCUGGUUCGAAGAAAAAGGAUGAGAAAAAAGUUACUGGGUCUUUGCCUUUACCUGCUCAUGAACAUAAAUCUGGGAAAAAGAAUGAGAAACAUGUGUCAAAUAGGAAAAAAGAGAAGGAUAAGUCAAAGUUACCUAGUGGGGCGUCAAAGGAGAAUGAAGAGCAUCGGGAGCGAGAAGAGUCUCAGGGUGAAGAAGCAGAAAAGGAGAAUGAAAAUGAAGAAGAAGAAGAAGUGGUAGUGGAUGGCAAGGAAGAAGGAUUGGAUAGUGAAGAAGAAGGUAAUGGGGAGACUGAAGGCGAUGGUGAUCUGGAUGAAUCAGUAGAUCAAGAGACUCAGGAGAAGGUGGAAAAUGAGAAUGAAAGAUUAAAAAGCGAAGGGAAGAAGAGAAAGAUCAAGGGUCCAGUCUUUGAUCCGAAAGCACAUUAUAGUUGGAAAUUAUGUAGCACAAGGAGCAAGCAUAAUUAUAUGCCCUGUAUUGAUGUUGAAAGUGGCUUCACAAGGCUGCAGAGCUAUAGGCAUAGAGAGAGGAGCUGCCCAAAAUCCCCUCCAAUGUGUCUUGUUCCUCUUCCCCACGAUGGUUAUGAUUCUCCAGUGCGCUGGCCUGAGAGCAAAUUCAAGAUAUUGUACAAGAAUGUGGCACAUCCAAAACUAGCUGCAUACUUGAAGAAUCAUAACUGGUUGAUUGAAUCUGGAGAGUAUAUGAUGUUUCCUCAGAACCAGUCUGAAUUCAAGGGUGGAGUUGUUCACUACCUUGAAUCCAUUGAAGAAAUGGUACCAGAUAUUGAAUGGGGAAAGAAUAUACGUGUAGUGCUGGAUGUUGGAUGUGGAGAUUCAAGCUUUGUGGCCUCUCUUCUUGAUAAGGAUGUAUUAUCGUUAUCACUGGGCUUGAAGGAUGAUCUAGUUGACCUAGCGCAGGUUUCCCUUGAACGUGGUUUUGCUACAGUUGUUAGCCCUUUUGCAAGAAGAAGACUUCCUUUUCCUAGUGGAGUUUUUGAUGCUAUUCAUUGUGGUGGGUGUACCUUGCCUUGGCAUUCCAAUGGGGGGAAGCUUCUUCUAGAGAUAAAUCGGAUUUUGAGGCCUGGUGGAUACUUUAUUUUGUCAACUAAACAUGACAGCAUUGAAGCAGAAGAAGCUAUGAACACAUUGACUUCUUCUAUCUGUUGGAAUAUUCUCGCUCAUAAAACUGAUGAAGUCAGUGAAGUGGGUGUUAAGAUAUAUCAGAAGCCCGAAUCCAAUGAUAUAUAUGAGUUGAGGAGAAAGAAAAAUCCACCUUUAUGCAAGGAGCAUGAAAAUCCAGAUGCUGCCUGGUAUGUCCCUAUGAAAACUUGCUUGCAUGCCAUUCCAUCUGCAAUUGAACAACACGGAACUGAGUGGCCUGAGGAAUGGCCUAAGAGGCUUGAAACAUAUCCUGAUUGGUUGAAUGACAAGCAAAAAGCCAUUGAUGACACCAAGCGCUGGAAAGAUAUUGUUGACAAGUCCUAUCUCACUGGAAUGGGAAUUGACUGGUCAACUAUCAGGAAUGUAAUGGACAUGAAAGCCAUCUAUGGAGGAUUUGCCGCUGCACUCUUACAACAGAAGAUUUGGGUGAUGAAUGUGGUCCCUGUCCAUGCGCCAGAUACGCUUCCCUUGAUUUUUGAACGUGGACUUAUCGGAAUCUACCAUGACUGGUGCGAGUCGUUUGGGACUUACCCAAGAUCAUAUGACCUCUUGCACGCUGAUCAUUUUUUCUCCAGGCUAAAGAACAGGUGCAAGCAGCCUGUUUCAAUAGUUGUUGAGAUGGAUCGUAUUCUACGUCCUGGUGGUUGGGUAAUCGUGCGUGAUAAGGUUGAGAUACUCGAUCCGCUAGAGGGUAUUUUGAGAAGUUUACAUUGGGAGAUCAGAAUGACUUAUUCUCAGAACAAGGAGGGUAUCAUAUGUGCACAGAAAACUACAUGGCGACCUUGAGAGAUCCCUUCAUAUGUACAUUCCUUCACAAACUUCACAACACCAUGCAUUCUCUUCUCUUUUACUGAAGCAUAUUGAGAAGCCUCUUUGUUUGCCUUCCUUCUAGACUCUGAUUGUUCAUUUUUUUUCCUGGGAUAUCUGUAAAUUAAUCAUUUAUAACACAGUCAAUUCAAUUUGAUCUUCUCAAA